AUGACCACUUCCACUACCAGACAACCCAUUCACACUAGUCCCAUAAACCUGACUUUUUUGGGUACUGCCUCCGCUCAACCCUCCUCGACACGAAAUCACUCAGCAUUAACCCUCCGUCUCGGAAGUGAUGCCUGGCUCUUCGAUUGCGGCGAGGCAACCCAGCACCAGAUUCAAAAGAGUGCAGUGAAAAUGGGGAGGAUCGAGAAGAUAUUUAUCACACAUACUCAUGGUGACCAUAUAUUUGGUUUGCUCCCAUUGAUGGCUGCCUGUUUGAACGGUGCUGGAGGAACAGUAGACGGUGCAGAUGACCCAAGAACUCAGGUUAACCUAAACGAUUCACCUAUGGAAAUCUACGGUCCACUCGGAACUCGCGCAUACAUUCGAAAUGGCCUCAUCUACACCCACACGCUCCUGGGACGCCCAUACGUAGUACACGAGUUACGCUUUCCCGGCGACCCUCAGGACGGUGAUUUCACUCACCUCCCACCCCAUCGAUCAGAAUCUCCAAAUGGGCGCAACAUACCGCUCAAAACAGACUUGAAUGAUACCGGCACAUGGAGGAAUAUAUACUCUGACAACGUGUUAUCCGUCUCCGCUGCGCCCAUCCUACAUUCAGUUCCCUGUGUUGGUUAUGUCGUGAACGAGGCCAGUGUUCCCGGUAAAAUCGAUCCCACGAAGUACAUCCCUGAUAUCAAACGUACCAAGACGCCUAUGUCGGUCAUGAGGCGUUUGCAGGAGGGAGAGGACGUGGAAUUGUCGGAUGGGACGGUUCUGAGCGGUCCACCUAGAAGACCUGGACGAAAAAUUGUCGUUCUUGGGGAUACGUAUGACCCCUCACCGGUAGCAUCGCUAGCGCAGGGUGCCGACCUUCUGGUUCAUGAAGCAACGAACGCACACCUGCCGGGGAUAGAUCCAGCUACGAAGGAAACUGACACAUAUGAAUCAGUCCAGGAAAGGGCAAUCUCGAGAGGACAUUCCACUCCUCAGAUGGCCGGAAAAUUCGCCACGCUCAUUGACGCGAAGAAAUUGAUUCUCAACCACUUCUCCGCUCGAUAUCCCGGUGAUGACGAUGUUAAUGAAGAGGCUAGGAAGAUAAUGGAGGGUAUCAGAGACAUGGCUUCUUUCGAAUAUGAUGGACCAGUACUUUGUGCUCGAGACUUGAUGAGUGAAGAUGUAGUUCUGCAACAGGAUAAUAGAUGA